CUCUGCCAUUUCUCAUCAUCAACGUUUUCUCCAUUUCUCAUACUUCUCUCACUACUCUCAAUUCUCAAUCUUUAAAUAUAAUUUACGAUCAAGAAAUUAAUUACCCAUUUGACAAGAACAUUUUUUUAGAGACUGAAAUGGCAACAAAUGUAGCUGCUUUUACUGGUAAUCUCAACUGUGGAUUGAGCAAAUCCAGAAUACAAACUUCUUGGAUUUCCAGUGUGGGAUCUAAUGGAUGCUUCAAGAAAGAGCUUUCGUGGUCACAUGGAGUGUCGAAGAUCUUUCAGAUCCAGAAAUGCAAUGUUUCCCAAUCUACGAUUGGCAGGCAGUGGAAAACUCUUGGGACAAGGACAUUUACUGUGUCAUCUUCCUUGAAAGAUGAAUCCACCAAGUAUUUUGAUUUUAUCAUUAUUGGAAGUGGGGUUGCUGGCCUUCGCUAUGCGCUUGAGGUUGCACAAUAUGGAACUGUUGCUGUGAUCACCAAAGCUGAGCCUCAUGAGAGCAAUACAAACUAUGCUCAAGGUGGUGUUAGUGCUGUGUUGUGUGCUUCCGACUCUGUGGAAAGUCAUAUGCAGGACACUAUUGUAGCAGGGGCUUAUCUAUGCGAUGAGGAGUCAGUCAGGAUCGUCUGUACUGAAGGGCCUGAUAGGAUCAGGGAGUUGAUAUCUAUGGGUGUAAUGUUUGAUUACGGUGAGGAUGGAAACUUGCACCUUGCAAGGGAAGGGGGUCACUCUCACCAUCGGAUUGUCCAUGCUGCUGACAUGACUGGAAGGGAGAUUGAGCGAGCUCUGCUAGAGGCAGUUGACAAUGAUCAUAAUAUAUCUAUGUUUGAACAUCAAUUUGCUCUAGAUCUGCUAACUUCUCAGGACGGUCCUGACACAGUUUGCCAUGGUGUUGACACAAUCAAUACUGAAACACUAGAGGUUGUUCGAUUUAUUUCGAAGGUGAUAUUACUUGCUUCAGGUGGGGCUGGCCACAUCUAUCCAACGACCACAAACCCUCCGGUAGCCACCGGAGAUGGGAUUGCAAUGGCUCAUAGGGCUCAAGCUGUGGUUUCGAACAUGGAAUUUGUGCAAUUCCACCCAACUGCCUUAGCUGAUGAAGGCCUUCCUAUCCAGCCAAGCACACCGCGAGAAAAUGCAUUUCUCAUUACUGAAGCUGUCAGGGGGGAUGGAGGUCUGCUUUAUAAUUUAAGCUCGGAAAGAUUCAUGCCCCAAUAUGACGAAAGACUUGAGCUAGCUCCUAGAGAUGUGGUGGCAAGAAGCAUAGAUGACCAACUGAAAAAGCGUAACGAGAAGUACGUGCUGCUCGAUAUAAGUCACAAGCCAAGAGAAAAGAUUCUCUCUCACUUCCCCAACAUAGCUGCUGAAUGUCUUAAGCAUGGCCUCGACAUAACCCGUGACCCGAUUCCAGUGGUUCCUGCUGCCCAUUAUAUAUGUGGUGGAGUCCGUGCUGGGCUUCAGGGCGAGACAAAUGUGCGAGGCCUGUAUGUAGCAGGUGAGGUUGCUUGCACUGGUUUGCACGGAGCAAACCGACUUGCUAGCAAUUCACUGCUUGAGGCGCUGGUUUUUGCACGAAGAGCUGUCCAGCCUUCCAUUGAUCACAUGAUGAGCUCUAACCUCGAUCUCGGUGCUGCAAAUUGGUGGGCCCGACCAGUCGUGCCUAAAGCACUAAAGAGCAGCGUAAUGGACGACAUAUCAAAGACAACUGCGAAAGUAAGGAAAGAAAUGCAAUCAAUUAUGUGGAAAUACGUGGGAAUUGUUCGAUCAACAACAAGGCUGGAAACCGCAGAGCGUAGAAUCCGAGAAUUGGAGUCCGAGUGGGAAAAACACUUAUUUGAACAAGGAUGGGAGCAGUCGAUGGUAAGCCUCGAGGCAUGUGAAUUGAGAAACCUGUUCUGUUGUGCAAAGCUGGUGCUGAAUAGUGCAAUGGCAAGGCAAGAAAGCCGCGGCCUUCACUACACUACAGAUUUCCCUCAUGUGGAGGAAAGUAAAAGGUUGCCUACUAUUAUAUUCCCGUCUCCUAUGAACAGCAGCUGGAGUUCGCGGCAGCUACACAGAAACGCCCCUGAGUUUACAACUGCAGCACAAUAAGGCUCUCUGCUAAUAAGUGCACUGGUGAUUGUUGUAACCUAAGUUUGUAUUUGUAUGAUAUGUAAUUCAUAAUCUAAGUCAAGAUGUGUAAUGUAAACCUUAAUUUGGUGUUAAAUGAAAUGCAUCUUUCAAAUUUGUUUA